GGUGGAUAGUUAGAAAGGUUCACAAGAGGGCGAAAGAAGAGGCUGAGGAUUUUCUCGCCUGUCAAUUCCUUCUUUACCCCUCUUUUUCCCCUUUCAUUACGGCCACCUCCAUGGGUGCCCAAUGCUGUGAUGUAUGAGCCGUUAUAUCUUUCCUUUUACGCCUACCCCAGCGUGGUUCCUCCAGUGAGGGUACGAGGCGUCAUGGCUCUCUUCCUAGCUGUCGCGAUUCUAUGGGCACUUAUAUGGUUACUAUAUCGUGCAUGGCAAGUUUGUCAGACUCCGAACGAAGUACUGGUCGAAAAGCUCGGGUUGGACAUCCCUCCGCCACCAGAGGUUACUCUAGAGGAGAUUACCGCCCGUGAAGUUCGCAUCGCCUGGAAACUGCCCGACUUUCACAAUUCUAUCCACAAGCACAUUAUUCAAGUCAACGGCUCCAAAGUUGGUGAAUCGAAACGAGCGGAGACUGCGGUGGAAAUCUCAAACUUGGUGCCAGGAAGUAUAUAUCACAUUUGCGUCUUUUCCGUCAGUGCGGCAAAUUUUCAGACACCCAGCGCGGUUAUUCAUGUUCGGACGAAGCCUCUUCCUUUGUCGCAAUCUCAGCAAAAUGCCCCGGUUGGUAGCCCGACAAUUCGGGCCUCAAUCCCACGACCCACUGCUGGGUUGGUCGCUCCUUCCGCCCCUUUGAUGGCUCGCGAGCUUAGUGGAGGACAACUGCAAGGAAAACGUUCCUCCGCCGGACGGAAACAAUCUCCCGCGGCUAGCGGUGUCGACCUCCCGCAUGGUCAUCCAGAGGAUACUCAGAAACACGCAGCGCAUAGUGAUAGCAGUGAGACCUUGGAACGGUUGGCCGACAGGCUGAAAACUUUGCAGCAUGAGAAUGAAAAUGUGGAGAAGCAGGCAGCGGAGGAAGAGGAGGAGCAUAUCGCGCUUUUGAAAGAGCUUGAGAGACAGCGUGACCAGCUGAGAAAGCGUGUGAAGGAGAAGGACGAGGCCAGUGGCGAUUUGAAGAAGCACGUCAACAAGCUCGAGAGCGUCAAUCGAACCGUCCAAAAUGAAAAGGCCAAGCGCGAGAGGCUUCUGCAGCAGAAAGAGACUGAACGAAAGAAGCGCAAGAAGGAGAUUAUCCGUUGGCGCGAGGAGAUGGAGCGGAUGACUACUGAGGUUGCGCAGAUCAACGAGGAGAAGGCUCGCAUGGAAGAGGAAGGGAAAAGAAGUGCAGACGAGGUUCGAGAGAAGAUUGCCAAGGAGCAGGCCGAGAUGAAAGUUCUCGAUGAAGAGAUUCAGGACAAAGGUGGGCGGGGAGACAGCGAGGAUGGGAAGGAGUUGGACCGCAUCGACAACGAGCGAGCAAGGCAGUGGGAGGUCAAGUUGAGCAAUCUCAAUGCGCGAUAUGCUGCUUUAGUGAAUCUUCACGCACAGGCUCAGCAACAGUACCAAGAGGCCCAGGAGCGCCUCAAGUGGUUGACUACCCAGCGUUCAGGCAGCAGUGGACCGUUCACUCUGCCAGCUCUCGACCUGGACAUGUCAAAUACUGCGACUAUCCGUCCGCGCCGCCAUCGCAGCUCUCUCAACAGCAACGUCUCCUCCCCGAUGAAUUUUCCCGGCUUGGAACCAUCGUUCCCUGGCGCAAGAUCCGAUGCGGGGGAUCUCGAUCUUUCCUUCGGUAAUCCUCAAAUGAGCCCACGGGCUGAUGCCCUGCUCCCGUCUGAUCUUUUAGGGGAUGAAGAAUCUCCAGAACCCCCACGUCCAAUAGUUCGACCUCGUUUCUCAAACCUGGAAUUGUCCGAAUCGCAGCGGGAAAGCUAUUCGCGCGGCCCGUCGUCUCCUGAGUCUGCAGUGGGAAGCAAACCAGCUAGCAUUUUCGCCAGCCCCAAUGAGGAUCGCAAAGAGACCGAGCCUCAAUCUACACAUGUUGAUGAAUCUAGGGAUGCUCCUAAAAGCGCGACGAGAAGGCUGUCGGGAUUAUUUGGCUUCCAUCGUCCUCGUGGUAAAACACUGGCGGAUGAGCCGCCUUUGCUGGGCACCCUGAAACCCGGACAGAGCCAAUCUUUCCCCAGGAAUCUGGACGAAAUGGACCCCAUCGGUUCAAGGCGUCGGAGAUUGAGUCAUACAGGCAACUGGGCCAACCCGAUAUCGUUGCUUCCCAGGAGUAAUACUGCCGCUGUCACCGCAGACAGCUCUUCUGACCACCUGCCGUCGCGACGAGCAGGAUUCACCAGUAUCUUCUCCCCCAGCCGAUUCGGUUUCGGCGGUGGCAGUAGCAGUCUGCUGAAGUCGAGCGAGCCCUCUGAUCUCAGCACUGGUUACAAUCAGUUCAGUCCUCGUCACGAUCCAAUCGAUCCAGCAUCGAUUCUAGGUACUGUCCGACGAGGUUCCCUGUCCCCGAGACCUUCGUCAACCUUUUCCUUCGAUAAUCAGCUUCCUCAUCCCUCGACGGAUAAUCGUCCUUUCGGGUGGCCGUCUGCUGAAAAGCCUAACCAUCGCAGUCUUCUUGGAUUCGAUUGGGCCUCCCCGUCCAGCUGGUCCAGAGCUCAAUCUCGUCGGCCAUCUAUUACGUACGGGUCCUCUGGUCACUUGCCCCUUGGGCUGACUGGUGAGCCUGAUUUUCCUCAGGAGUCUUUUGAACGCCAAGGUCGGCCAUUGCAAGCCCCGAUUGGUACACGACCUUCGUCCUCCCAUCGCCCAGUAACUCCAAAAUUGAAUCCGGCAGCACCCACGUUCAAGACCAUCUUCAGCAGAAAGUCCGACAAGGAUAAGGAUAAAGAGAAAGGAAAGGAGAAAGAAUCCGAUGUGCCUUUUGAUUUUCACAUGGAGGAGGGCUCUCCGUCGGAGCCGCGCAUCUCGAGGGAUUCGCGUUCCCGGUCCUUGUCCAUCUUCACUGGUGAUUCGUACGAGUCGCUGGAGCGCAUGCCGUCGGCCACUUCUGCGGACAACAGCAACUCGAAGGAGUCGUUUAUUCGAAAGAUCACUCGAAAGGGCAGCUCGAGCAAAUUCGGUUCUUGGAAGGAACGCUCCGGCUUGUUCUCGAAGAAGGGCGAUUCGUCCCAGGGUGACAUCGACGAGGAUGCAAGUAGCGAGGCGCAACUUGCCAAAAGUAUUGACAGCACUGUCUCCAGCGCUCCGUCUGCAGACAGAUCGACUAGAAGCAGUCUGGGGUUUUUCAGCCGGAAGUCCAAGAAAUCGGACAAAGCUGCCAGUGAGACAAGUGAAAGGCCUAGCGAAUUGGCCAGCGAGACUGGCGAUGAUGAGAUCGCCGAGGAAGAGGAACCUUGA